GGGCUGGAGGCCGCAGGCCCGAGGGCAUGGAGCGGUUAGGGGAGAAAGCCAGUCGUCUGCUGGAGAAGCUCGGCCGCAGAAAGGGUGAAUCCAGCCGGUCUGGGUCAGAUGGGACCCCCGGGCCGGGCAAGGGGCGCCUGAGUGGGUUGGGGGGACCUAGGAAAUCAGGGCCCCGAGGAGCUACUGGGGGACCCGGGGAUGAGCCAUUGGAGCCGGCCCGGGAGCAGGGCCCCCUGGACACUGAGCGGAAUCCGCGCGGCUCCUUUGAGGCGCAGCGCUACGAAGGCUCCUUUCCCGGGGGGCCGCCGCCCACCCGGGCCUUGCCUCUACCUCAGUCAUUGCCCCCCGAUUUUCGGCUGGAGACAACAGCACCAGCCCUAAGUCCCCGCUCCAGCUUCGCCAGUAGCUCAGCCAGCGACGCGAGCAAGCCGUCCAGCCCCCGGGGCAGCCUGCUGCUGGACGGAGCGGGGGCUGGCGGAGCCGGAGGUAGCCGGCCCUGCAGCAAUCGUACCAGCGGCAUCAGCAUGGGCUACGACCAGCGCCACGGGAGCCCCUUGCCCGCGGGGCCGUGUCUGUUUGGCCCCCCCCUGGCUGGGGUACCGGCAGGCUAUUCCCCCGGAGGGGUCCCGUCCGCCUACCCGGAGCUCCAUGCCGCCCUGGACCGACUGUGCGCUCAUCGGCCCGCGGGGUUCGGCUGUCAGGAAAGCCGCCACUCAUAUCCCCCAGCCCUGGGCAGCCCUGGAGCUCUAGCCGGGGCCGCGGUGGGAGCGGCCGGGCCUUUGGAGAGACGGGGGGCGCAACCCGGACGACACUCGGUGACCGGCUACGGGGACUGCGCCGCGGGCGCCCGAUACCAGGAUGAGCUAACGGCAUUACUGCGCCUGACGGUGGGCACCGGUGGGCGAGAAGCCGGCGCCCGCGGGGAACCCUCGGGGAUUGAGCCGUCAGGUCUCGAGGAGCCGCCAGGUCCUUUCGUUCCAGAGGCUGCCCGGGCCCGGAUACGGGAGCCAGAGGCCAGAGAGGACUACUUCGGCACCUGUAUCAAGUGCAACAAAGGCAUCUAUGGGCAGAGCAACGCCUGCCAGGCCCUGGACAGCCUCUACCACACCCAGUGCUUUGUGUGCUGCUCUUGUGGGCGAACUUUGCGUUGCAAAGCUUUCUACAGCGUCAAUGGCUCUGUGUACUGUGAGGAAGAUUAUCUGUUUUCAGGGUUUCAGGAGGCAGCUGAGAAAUGCUGUGUCUGUGGUCACUUGAUUUUGGAGAAGAUCCUACAGGCGAUGGGGAAGUCCUAUCACCCAGGCUGCUUCCGAUGCAUUGUUUGCAACAAGUGCCUGGAUGGCAUUCCCUUCACAGUGGACUUCUCUAACCAAGUGUACUGUGUCACCGACUACCACAAAAAUUAUGCCCCUAAGUGUGCGGCCUGUGGCCAACCCAUCCUCCCCUCAGAGGGCUGUGAGGACAUUGUGAGGGUGAUAUCCAUGGACAGGGAUUAUCACUUUGAGUGCUACCACUGCGAGGACUGCCGGAUGCAGCUGAGUGAUGAGGAAGGCUGCUGCUGUUUCCCUCUGGAUGGGCACUUGCUCUGCCACGGCUGCCACAUGCAGCGGCUCAAUGCCCGACAGCCUCCUGCCAACUAUAUCUGAGCUGCAUUCACAGCUGCUGCCAUCACAACAUUGACAUACUCCUCUGGCAAGUGGGCCCUGAGGCCAGCAGAGACAAGGAAUGCACUCUACAGGCCUGGCAGAAGAGUUCUUUGGGGAGGACUCCAAGGGCCAGAGACCCAAAGAUUAUGACAUUCCAAAUGGACUGUGGAGGAGGAAGCUUCUAAUUGCCAGGGUGGGGUGACUGGAGUUCUUUCUGUGUAUGCAGCCUGUGCUCAGGCACAUAGAGGCCUGUUCUAAUGCUUUCUGAACAUCUGAUUCUUGUCUAUAUCUUCAGUAUAUGUUUGUGCUUAAGUUAAGCAAUGAUUUGGAUUACAGGAGGAGAGGACCUACCUUUAGGUGAGCUAGUUUCAA